AUGGAUGCUGGAGGGGAGAAUGAGUUAGGGGCUUCCAUAGGGGAUGAGAUUGAAAUCUCUAGACUCUUGCGAGAUUUAGCUUGGCAGGUCAGGGAAGAGAUUAGGCGGGACCCCGAAGGAUCGAGCUGCCCACCUGUGAACCAGGGUUGUUCAAUCAAUCAAUUCACUAGCCUGAAACCCUCUACUUUUGCGGGUGGAACUGACCCAAUCAUGGUCGAUACUUGGGUGCAGGAGAUGGAGAAGAUACUGAUAGUGCUGACUUGCACUAAAGAGGAGAAGGUUCUCUUCACCACCUUCAAACUGACAGGAGAGGCCAAGCAGUGGUGGCUGGCGGUGAAGCUAUUGGAAGAGCAGUGGGCAAUACCCACGAUGAUGACCUGGUGGUACACUGCUAAGUUCGUGGAGCUUUCUCACUUCGCUCCCUUCAUGGUCCCAAAUGAAUACCAAAAGGUGAGGAGAUUUGAAAGAGGCCAGAAGCAGAGGAUUCACAAGCAUGGGGUAGUCUUGCAGAUACAAUACUUCUUAGAAGUGGUGGAUAAAGCCACCGUUGCAGAGUCGAGUCUGCAGUGA